UAGUGAUCGACUAUCCAGGAUCGCUAUGGGGCACAAUCGGGCGAUGUAGGCUUGUACACAAUCGUCCAACACACACACACGCACACACUCUCUGUGUGGUUACAGUAGGCUAACGUAUGUCAAUGGUUUUAGGAACAGCAGUAACAUCAGGCAGGAUUUAGGCUGCCAACUGCCUAGCCAGUUGUAGCUCAAUCUUGGGUGCAAUGAUCACGUUCCCGCACUGACUGACUGUGUGGAGGCUCAUUGAUUUAACGUUACAUUAGCCUACAUGCUACACUAGUAAAGUAAUAAAAUAUAUAGCUGUCGGCUAUAUUAGCCACGACUUUUAACGUUCUUUGUGCAGCUUCAAAUGUCGAACAAAGUUGGAAGUUGUUGCGCCUCAGUCUGUCAUUUUCUUCUCGCGUGUUUUGCAAGUUGCAAUCUGUUUUUUGUUGAUACAGCGUCAUCUUUAUAUCCAAAAAUAAUAAUUUUGGGUAUCAUCUUUCCAAGGGCUCCAUCUGAAUUCACCCGCCGAUGUUCCUCUGCACUGCCACGCACAACUUUUUCUCAGCUGGUACAAUUUGAUUGGCUGCUGUCCGAUUCAAACUGUAAUCUGUUCAAUUAAGAGUUGAUGCGCUGCACACUUUUUUUAAUAGCAUAAUUUUUACUAUUUGGGCUUGGGGAGGGUAUCAAGUCAAGUCGCGAGUCAUUGGUGUUAAAGUCAAAGUCGAGUUGCAAGUCAUCAUAUUUGUGACUCGAGUCUGACUCGAGUCCAAGUCAUGUGACUCGAGUCCACACCUCUGCUAAGUUCACACGCAAACACACAUUAUUGCGCGCACACACACACACAACCAGUGCUGAAACUGUGUACAUCUUCAAACAUUUUCAGUAUUGUCCAAAUCAUCUCCACGGAAGAUAGAUGAAUAUGUACCUGUCACAAAUUUACACAGGGCUUUCUCCCUUAUUUAAGUUAUUUCUUUCCUUCUUUCUGUUGAGUGUGUGUGCUUGUGCCUGCCUGGACGAUUGCUUGAGUUUAUGUGAGAAAAGGAGAGAAGACAUACCCAUGCAACUUUAUUUUCUGUCUGGAAUAUGAGUCCUAUGUGUGUAGGAGGGAAGAGAAUGAGAGGGGGAGCGGAGGAAAGAGAGACAAGGAGAAAGUGGGUAGGAGGGGAAAUGGAAGAGAGGGUUGUUUUCUUCAGGGUUGCCGGUCUGCUAUUCUGAUCAGACAAUGACUCAUGGACCCUAUAUUCCCACACCUUCACUCUCUCCCUCUUCUUCGCUCUUUUUCUUUCUCUCCCUCUCCUUGGAAAACCGUAACCCAAGGAACAAGGCUUUAUAAAAAAUAUACAUGUUUUUUUUAGGGGGUGUAUCAGCUUUAAUAUUGUGGAUAGAUUGUUGCUUCCAUCGAUGUAAUUGUCUGCAUCAUUUCCAAUCCCCUAUAUAUUUUGGGGGUAAAUAUAUCUAAAUACAUACAUACACAUACCCAUAUACAUAUACAGUGGAAGUCGGAAGUUUACAAACACCUUAGCCAAAUACAUUUAAACUCAGUUUUUCACAAUCCCUGAUAUUUAAUCCAAGUAAAAAUUCCCUGUUUUAGGUCAGUUAGGAUCACCACUUUAUUUUAAGAAUGUGAAAUGUCAGAAUAAUAGUAGAGAGAAUGGUUUAUUUCAGCUUUCAUUUCUUUCAUCACUUUUCCAGUGGGUCAGAAGUUUACGUACAUUCAAUUAGUAUUUCGGGAAGGCUUCCACAAGCUUCCCACAAUAAAUUGGGUGAAUUUUGGCCCAUUCCUCCUGACAGAGCUGGUGUAACUGAGUCAGGUUUGUAGGCCUCCUUGCUCACACACGCCUUUUCAGUUCUGCCCACAAAUCGGGGCUUUGUGAUGGCCACUCCAAUACCUUGACAGUGUGGUCCUUAAACCAUUUUGCCACAACUUUGGAAGAACGCUUAGGGUCUUGGUCCAUUUGGAAGACGCAAGCUUUAUCUUCCUGACGUGUGUUGAGAUGUUGCUUCAAUAUAUCCACAUAAUUUUCCUCCCUCAUGAUGCCAUCUAUUAUGUGAAGUGCACCAGUCCCUCCUGCAGCAAAGCACCCCCACAACAUGAUGCUGCCACCCCCAUGCUUCACGGUUGGGAUGGUGUACUUCGGCUUGCAAGCCUCCCCCUUUUUCCUCCAAACAUAACUAUGGUCAUUAUGGCCAAAGUUCUAUUUUUGUUUCAUCAGACUAGAGGACAUUUGUCCCCAUGUGCAGUUGUAAACCGUAGUCUGGCUUUUUUAUGGUGGUUUUGGAGCAGUGGCUUCUUCCAUGCUGAGCGGCCUUUCAGGUUAUGUCAAUAUAGGACUCGUUUCACUGUGGAAAUAGAUACCUGUUCCCUCCAGCAUCUUCAAAAGGUCCUUUGCUGUUGUUCUGGGAUUGAUUUGCAAUUUUCGCACCAAGUACGUUCACCUCUAGGAGACAGAAAGCGUCUCCUUCCUGAGCGGUAUGACGGCUGCGGGGUCCCAUGCUGUUAAUACUUGCGUACUGUUGUUUGUACAGAUGAAUGUGGUACCUUCAGGGGUUUGGAAAUUGCUCCCAAGGAUGAACCAGACUUGUGGAGGUCUACAAUUUUCUUUCUGAGGUCUUGACUGAUUUCUUUUGAUUUUCCCAUGAUGUCAAGCAAAGAGGCACUGAGUUUGAAGGUAGGCAUUGGAAUACAUCCACAGGUACAACUCCAAUUGACUCAAAUUAUGUCAAUUAGCCUAACAGAAGCUUCUAAUGCCAUGACAUAAAUUUUCUGGAAUUUUCCAAGCUGUUUAAAUGCACAGUCAACUUAGUGUAUGUAAACUUCUGACCCACUGGAUUUGUGAUACAGUGGGAUAAGUAAAAUAAUCUGUCUGUAAACAACUGUUGGAAAAAUGACUUGUGUCAUGCACAAAGUAGAUGUCCCAACCGACUUGCCAAAACUAUAGUUUGUUAACAAUACAUUUGUAGAGUGGUUGAAAAAUUAUUUUUAAUGACUCCAACCUAAGUGUAUGUAAACUUACGACUUCAACUGUACCUUUAUUAUUUUAAACAGUUUUGAAUCCGGCGUAAUUUUGCGUGUCAAUUCAUUAACCAUGUGCCAUGGAAUCAGUACAUUGAAAAUCUCUUCCCAACAAUUUAGCCAUUUAUAUGGCACAGCUGUCCAUUUUUUGGUCAUUAAAUUAAAUUGGUAUAUAUUUUUUAUUUAUCACAACGAGGCUUGCCAAACCAUGAAAAGCAGCGCUGCCUUUCUAAGUUUACAGUGUUUACAAUGUCUUUCCCUUCACUAAAUACUGCCUUUGUGUCCUCUCCUUCUGAUUGGGUGGAAGGCCACUGUGUUUGGAUAACAUCUAAGUGGUAUGUCUGGGGUAAAUUAGAGCAUUUUGUAUUGCUUUAUUGACUACAUAACUGCAAUGGCAUGUUUAGAAGGGGGAAAAGUGGAAACCAAUGAUUGUCUCGGGCGCUGUAAUUUUCUCUAGACUCGUCAGACAGACCCACAAUCAUCCAGAGCCAUCAGAGUUUGAGACGGGGUUCGUCGCUUGCUCAAUGUUUUUGUGACACUUUUAUUUAACAUGUGGCUAACGAGGAGAUACCAGGAUAGGGACAUUUCUCAAACUUUCUUGUAAAUCAUGCAAUAAUUAUGAGAUCAAUUAAAAUGAUCUUACUUUGUCACUCACUACUCUCCUUCCCUCCCUCUUUCCCUCCCCCCAUAUUUGAAGCCUACAGUGACAGAGAAGACUGCUGUGCUGUUCUCAGCUGAGGAAAGGAGAGAAUUCAGUUCAGACUUUAUGGAAGGGGGUAGCCAGAAGACCUUAUGAUGCCCUAAGGGUUCAAAUUUUGUUUCCAUAAAACCAUAUUGGAUUACAGACCAGAGUCAGCCGAGUCUGACUUAUAGACAGAAGAUACUAGCCUAGACCAGAGAGGCCAAAGACACAGUUAGUGACAUCAUCAUGAAUGCCCCGCCCACUGGAAGUCCCAGCCCAAAUAUGGAGGUGAAGGUGGUCUCCCAGGAGAUGGCGUUGUUUAGCAACGCCCUGGCGGCCUACACCUUCAUAGCAGACCAGCCGGAGCGAGCAGCUCUUGUGUUUGUUAGUGGUGUGUGUGUGGGUCUCCUUCUCACCCUCUGUGCCCUGGUGGUGCAGAUACACUGUCGCACCGACUGUCACUACAGUAAUCGACGGCGACAUCACCAUCAGCAUAGAAACAGGACUCACCACCAUCACCAUGGGGACCAUCACUGUCACCACCAACCUGGCAACCCUAACACAGGCAACCCUGGCGUAACCACGGAGACGAGUGAAGACAGCGACUCAGAGGACUGGGACGACAGGAACUCUGACCUUACGGCUCGACGACGAAGGCGAUUUGAGAGAACGCUGCUGCAAACCAGCGUUUUCACCUCCGCAGAAGAGUUGGAGCGAGCUCAGAGGGUUGAGGAGCGAGAGAGGAUCAUGCGAGAGAUCUGGAUGAAUGGACAGCCUGAUGUCAACACUGUCACACGCAGCCUCAACAGAUACUACUAACAGGAAUGGAGAAAGAGAGGAAGAGAGAGACAAAGAGAGUGAUGGAUACACAUACGGAUGGAAGAAGAGAAAAAGAAAGGAUAGGGAAAUGAUGCAAUUUUAGACAAUGUCGCAUUGGGUGCGUGAAGCCUACAAAUCAAAUCAGAUAUUAUUGGACACAUAGACAUAUUUAGCAGAUGUUAUUGCGGGUGUAGCGAAAUGCUUGUGUUCAGUAGUUGUGGAUAGUGACACAUGGGAAUGGAUGAGGGAGAGGACAAUGACCUCCAUCCAGUCCCUCUGACACUGGGCACAGAACCAUGAGGUUUAGGGUGUGUCUGGCGCAGUGAUGUAGUGGUAAAGAAACAGGUGGGUACACGCUUGAUUGCCUUCGCAGUGAGUAAAGUAACGUUCCUUAUACUUUCAAUGCAUUUGCCACAAAAAUUGCGCAAACAUAAAAAAGGUGUGUAAAACAGCUUUUACGUGCAUUUACCCUCCACAACACCACUGGUCUGACAUGACACCAAGCUUACGCCAAUCUAAGGCUCUUGGGAGCUGUGAUGGGGAGGGAGAAAGUGCACACUUCACACUAGAGGAAAGAAGUAGGUCAUGAGAAUACAGUAGCCUAAUCGUUGCCCAGGGUGGUUCCUCUGGAGUCAGCCCCCGCCCGAGACCUGAGGUGGAUGUUGUCAUCAACCUGCGCGUAAACUGUGACCUUCCUGACGUCAUCACCAUCACCGUUGACAGCGGCCCACAAUUCACAUCUAUGGAAAUCUCUGUUUUCCUGGCUAAACGUUCUGGUUUUUGUCCUUCGUUCCAGACAGGUACUGACUUACACAGCACAGUUCACUACAAGGACAAGGACCACAGAAAAGACCUGUCAACUGGAAUGACAUUUUUUUGCCUUCACUCAAUCUUAAUGUGCAUUUAAUUGAUUCACUGUUGUACUUUGUGGAUUCAUUCCUUUUUAUAAAAUAGCAACACUUUCUUAGUUUGUCUCAGGGACGCUUUGAAGGGUUGUCGUUGGGGAAAUGUUUGCAUUUUGAAGAUGACGCAACAAUCCUUCCUUAGAGAGACUGUGACUAUAAAACUGCGUCAGUUUGGUUUGUCAGCAGGAGUGUGCAUUCGUUAGGUAACUAGCACGGCUGUGUGCCUUAAACGUGGUCACGGCAGACAGAGGCACUGCUCCAAUUCAGUCAGCUCCUGAACAGUGCCCUUCAGACAACAAGUGCAAUACAGUCCCCGUACAGCCCUAAAAGAAGCCACCACCAUAUUGCUAACACCUAUCUUUUCCCUUCAGAUGUGAAACCCUGAAGAGGUAGCUAGAGUCUCUACUAUAUGUGUUGCUUUUGGAGUGAAGCUGGGUGGUGGAACACUAUGAUGUUUUUAAUCGGGUAAAUGGCGCAACACAACAGUGUUAUUAUCUCUGCAGUGUUUCUGGGUGUUUCCCCUAGCUUGUCGUCUAUAUUAGAAAAGCUGUCUGUGAAGUGAAAAGUCUGUCUGAGAGAGAGGUUCUGUAUGCAUCCUUCCUUCCGCUCUUCCUUGAGGGAAUCGCAGGUCUGAGAGAGGUGUCUAGGUGAAAACAGUCUCGUUCUCACUUAUCCAGUCCAUACAGAUCAGUGAUUUCCUCAAGGAAGGGAGAAAAGACGGGAAAUAAACAUUGCAUUGAAGGACACUUUAAUUUAGUACUCAAACAGGGACAGUGAAUGACUGAGACUAACACACGGACCUUUUAUUGAAUAAUAAAACCCUUUGGA